UGUCAAUCGUAUUGCGAUUUCUUCCGUUCACCACACGCUUCGAGUCGCGCCUGUUGCAUUUCGUAAAGUUGUAAUCGCGUUCCUCUACGUACCUCGGAACUUUAUCUUCGACAGUCCAAGGUGAUCUUUAUGUACAACGGAUUUGUUUUUGUACUCUGUUCAAAUAUCGAAAGCUUUAUGCAAGGAAUGGAAGAAUCUCAAAGAUAUGAGGAACCUGAUAUGUUCAAGGAACAGCCACCUUGCAGUUUACGAAAAUUGGGAGAUAUGAUUCCAGCACGUGUCGUGCUGUACAUGCUUUCGUUUUCCGGAUUCCUCGUGUCUUUCAUGAUGAGAACGGACAUUAAUAUCGCCAUGGUGGCUAUGGCGAAAUUGCCGUCAACAUCAAACAAUGAAACCGCCAUGAUAACGUCUCAGUGCUACACAAUAUCAAAUACGUCAUAUUCAGAGAACACUACUGUAAUCAGACCGGAGGACGCUGGCGAGUUCGAGUGGAGUCCAACUAUUCAAUCAGCCAUUCUCAGUUCCUUUUAUUGGUGUUAUAUACUUUCGCAAAUGCUCGGCGGUGUUCUCACUCAGUACUUCGGUACUAAAACCAUAUUCGGCGGAUCUCAAGCCGUCACUGCCGUCUGCAGUCUGCUUAUGCCGACUGCCGCGGAGAUCCAUUAUGGGGCCAUGAUAGCGUUACGUAGUAUACAGGGCAUUGCAAGUGGACUCACGUGGCCCGCGAUGUACGCCGUAAUCGGGCAUUGGAUUCCACCUGUGGAACGUUCACGCUUCAUGUCUUCCUUUCAAGGGUUCAGCAUCGGCAUUGGAUUGACCUAUCCGUUGUGCGCGUUCAUCAUCGCCCAUUUCGGAUGGAGGAUUGUGUUCUACACGACUGGCACCAUCGGUCUCGUCUGGUGCAUCUUUUGGUAUCUUUGCGCCUUCGACACACCUGCCUUGCAUCCCCGAAUAUCUAAGCCGGAACUUCGUUACAUUCAGGAAUGCGUUAGAACUCAAGUUAUCGGAGCGGACGAGGAUCUGCCCGUUCCUUGGAAGUCUAUACUCACGUCUUUGCCAGCAUGGGCUAUCGGUAUUACAACCUUCGGAAGAAUAUGGGUACAUUAUGUCUUUAUCAUUCCCGGCCCGAUGUAUAUGAAGACGGUGUUAGGAUUCAGUAUACAAGCGAAUGGUAUCCUGUCAGGUGCACCAUUUAUCUGUAGUUACAUAAGCUCCGUUAUAUUCUGUUACGUUGCGGAUCUCCUAGUCACGCAGCAAAUCAUGACUUUAAUAACUGUACGCAAGAUAUUUACCGCACUAUCUCAAGUGGUUCCCGGAAUACUUGUGGUCUUAAUUGGAUACUUGGGCUGCGAUAUUAUCGUAGUUUUAAUCGUGUGGUUUAUAGCUGUUACUCUCAUAACAGCCGGCUACGCGGGUGCAAUGGCCAACAUCGUCGACAUCGCACCUAAUUUUGCUGGACCAGUGUUAGCGUUCGCGCAGACGAUUCACAUGACCGCCAGUUUCCUAUCUCCUAUAGCAGCUGGUCUGCUCACACAGGAAAGCCAAUCUCUCGAUUCGUGGAGAAGAGUAUUUGCCGUUACUGCAGGUGUAUCUUGCAGUACAUAUAUUGCCUACCAAAUAUUUGGUACAGCGGAGAUACAAGCAUGGAACUACCCCGAUCAAAAAUACCCUCAAUCUAUUCGAGAAGAAUGCCUGUUAAAUGAUUCAUUGUGGAUAUUAUUGACUGCAUUCUUGUUAGUUGCAAUACUCUUUGCGGAAACUUCUGCAAAAAAAUCGAGUAAGGAUGUGGAAUCAAGUAACGGUGGUGAAAAAGAGAGAAAGGUCGAUGUAGAAUAUCGUACAAAGGAUAAGCAAUCAAAGAAAAAAGACAAAUAUGUGAAAGAACAGAAGAAAAGGAAAAAUAGCUCAGAACGGAACAUCGAAGACCCUUCCGAAAAACAUUUAGAUGCGAAAAAUUCUUAUAAGUCAGAACAGAAAUCGAGAAACAAGCGGACCAAACGUGAAGAAAAUGGUAACGUGAUAAAUGAAGAAAGAAAUAGAAAUAUCGAAAAGAAAUUAAAAUACUUGAAAGAUAAGCCUAAAACAGAAACGCAAAAUAAGAAAGACAAGAAUGCUAAAAGACAAUCGAAAGAAUCCGAAACAUUACUUGAAGAUCCUCAAAAAUCUGAAACUCGCCAAAAAUCAAGAAAAAGCUUGAAAGAGGAGAAAAAUAGGAAGAAUUCGAAAAAUAAUGAGGAAAUAGAAAAUGUAGAGGAAAAUUUAAAUAAUGAUGUUCCAAGAAGGAAAACAAAGCAUUCCAAAUCAGAUAAUUCUGAACAAGUUAAUGAUGCUGUUUACCAAAACGAGAAGAAGACAAAACACGAUAAGAGAAAGAGAAAGGAAGAGGUAUCCAAGAAUACAGAAUCUAGGGGAAAAAAGGAAGAAUUAGUCGAAGCUGAUGUAACAUCUACAGAUUCCGAGCAAGAAGAAAUUCUGGACAAGACAAAGACGGAUAAACAGGAAACAUCGAUGAGAAGCAAGAAAAAUAAAAAGAAGCGUGAAGUAGUGCAAGAAGAAGAGAAAGCUGAUAUAACAUCUGCGGAUUCCGGGCAAGAAGAGACUGUCGAUAAAAUAAAAAAGGAUAAAGCUCAGGAAACAUCAAAGGAGUGCAAGAAAAAUAAAAAAAAGCGUGAAAUAGUGCAAGAAAAAGAAGAAACUGAGGAAGAGCCAUUGAAAGAAAAUCUUAUUAUAGAGGAAGACAAUGUAAAUGAAAUUGAAACAAAUGAGAACGAAUAUAAAGAUUCCUCAAUUCCAACUAACGACGACAUAGAUACCAAGUACCUGGAUACGCCUUCUGACUCAGAGAACUAAGUUGAUAGAGCGA